GAGCACUAUAUAGGGAAUCGGGUGCCAUUUGGGGUUAAGAACUAGAGGUCCUCCCCUUCCCACUAAUUCUCCUUGGCAACAGUCAGGUGACCACACCAGAAUUCAUUGAGGCAAGCUGCUGUGUUGCUCCUCUUGUCUCCCUCGCUCACACUCUCACUCGCUCUGCUGCACAGGGCCGGGAGAACUGUGCUGUGUUGCAUGACUCUGUCUAUCUGUCUGCCUGGGUUUUGCCGAGUGCCGACAUGACCACAGACCAGGAGAAGAAUGAGCUCACACAGACUCCGCUGCUCAAGAUCUGGGUGCCAUGGUUGGGGAUGGGGGGCUACAAGCUAAAUCGCAGGAGAGGCUCCUCCGUGCCCCAGUUUACCAACUCCCCCACUCUGAUUGUGAUGGUUGGACUGCCUGCCAGGGGGAAGACAUACAUAUCCAAGAAGCUCACCCGCUACCUCAACUGGAUAGGGGUUCCCACAAAAGUCUUCAACUUGGGCCAGUAUCGCAGGGAAGCAGUCCAGAGCUACAAGAGCUUUGAGUUCUUCAGAGCGGACAAUGAGGAGGCCAUGCAGAUUCGCAAGGCCUGUGCUUCAAAUGCCCUUAAAGAUGUAGUUUUCUACUUCUCUAAGGAACAUGGACAAGUAGCUGUGUUUGAUGCCACCAACACAACACAGGAGAGGAGGGUAUCCAUUGUGAGCUUUGCCAAGGAAAAAGGCUACAAGGUAUUUUUUGUGGAGUCCAUUUGUGAUGAUCCAGACAUCAUUGCACAGAAUAUCACGGAAGUAAAGGUGAGCAGCCCAGACUAUGUAAACUGUGACAAGGAUGAGGCACUGGCAGACUUCCUGAAACGUAUCGAGUGCUACAAGCAAACCUAUGUGCCAUUGGACGAUGAGAAAGACAGGCACCUGUCUUACAUCAAAAUCUUCAACGUGGGCUCUAGGUACCUGGUGAACUGUGUGCAGGACCAUAUCCAGAGCCGGAUCGUCUACUACCUCAUGAACAUCCACGUCACGCCGCGCUCCAUUUACCUGAGCCGCCACGGGGAGAGCAAAAUGAACCUGCUGGGUCGCAUCGGGGGAGACUCCGGACUCUCUCCCAGGGGUCACAAGUAUGCCACUGCCCUGGGAAGCUUCAUCAAGAGCCAGCAUAUAAAGGAUCUAAAGGUGUGGACCAGCCAUAUGAAGAGGACCAUCCAGACUGCAGAGCAUCUGGGGAUCCCCUAUGAACAGUGGAAGGCUCUCAACGAGAUUGAUGCAGGUGUGUGUGAGGAGCUGACGUAUGAGGAGAUCCAGGACAACCACCCAGAGGAGUUUGCACUGAGAGACCAGGACAAGUACCGGUACCGUUACCCCAAGGGUGAGUCGUAUGAAGACCUGGUCCACCGUCUGGAGCCAGUGAUCAUGGAGCUAGAAAGACAGGAGAAUGUGCUGGUCGUGUGUCACCAAGCUGUCAUGCGUUGCCUGCUGGCCUACUUACUAGACAAAACUGCAGAUGAGUUGCCAUACCUAAAAUGUCCUCUUCAUACAGUGCUCAAACUUACACCAGUGGCCUAUGGAUGUAAAGUGGAACAUGUUUUCCUAAAUGUUGAGGCAGUCAACACGCACAGAGAGAAACCUGUGAAUGUGGACGUAACCAGAGACCCAGAAGAAGCCCUGAAGACUAUUCCUGACCACUUUUGAAUAUGAUUUAGAGGAUAUGGACUCUAGGACCAUAAUGAUGCUGCAAUAUGAUAUUUUCAUGUUUUAACUUUAUUUUCAAUCAAUUAUGACUACCUUUUCAGAUGAAACCUUGUCAAAAGCAGCAAGUGGCAAAGGGGAUCAAAUAUGACAAACCCCACUUCCUACGGAAACACUGAGGGGAAAAUUGACUGAUUUCUGUCUCCUCCAUGGCAACAUAGGCUAAAGCCAAGUACUGAAUAAGCAUGUGUUGUUGACUGACCUAUAAUGUACAAUAAAUAUGCCUCGGUCUGCUCUAUCUGACCCUGGUGUCUCGUACCA